CCCAUUUAGAAAACCAAACCUACGAAUGAUGAAUCUAACACUUAGUCUUCUCCGAUUGAAAAUCAUACAAACUCAGUUCUAAUCAAUUCUCUUCUUACACCCGUCAAUCAAUAUGCUCUUAAAGAGUUCGUUUCACCUCCCUAUUUUUCUCCUUCUUAUAUACUGUUCUUCUUUCCUUUCUCCAAACAAAAACCCUAGAACCGCUUUAAGCUCAAGCCGUGGCGAUGAAACCAAACGGAAAGUCCCCUGUCUCCUUCGCUAAUGAAGAAAAAGUAAUGUUCUUCAAAGAUGUCUCACAAGAUCCCUACGUUAGGGUUAAUCUAUACUAUAUACUAUACUAAAAGCCAAAUAUACUCAAUAGGGAGGCUAUCCACAUCAGAUUAAUAAAUUGACCAAUCAGGAACAUGUUUUUUUGACACAUCAGAUAGGCUUCCGUGUGGGCUUCUACGUCUGGGCUUCAAUCAAUUUGUUAUUGCCCAAAUGACCCCAUUUAGAAAACCAAACCUACGAAUGAUGAAUCUAACACUUAGUCUUCUCCGAUUGAAAAUCAUACAAACUCAGUUCUAAUCAAUUCUCUUCUUACACCCGUCAAUCAAUAUGCUCUUAAAGAGUUCGUUUCACCUCCCUAUUUUUCUCCUUCUUAUAUACUGUUCUUCUUUCCUUUCUCCAAACAAAAACCCUAGAACCGCUUUAAGCUCAAGCCGUGGCGAUGAAACCAAACGGAAAGUCCCCUGUCUCCUUCGCUAAUGAAGAAAAAGUAAUGUUCUUCAAAGAUGUCUCACAAGAUCCCUACGAAACCCAGUUACAGCUACCGCUGAAGGUAUUUCACGUAAGCAUCUAAUUGUCCCGUAACUGCAGUAAUUGUUAGCAUCUUAUCCAUGGGUCUCUAUUAGAAGGGUUAUAUAAAUGUCGACAUAGACCCAUGAACCAUGUCGUUUUGUGAACCUUAUUGUGAUUUCAUGAGAGAAAAUAUGUGGUGGAUUCUGAAACACUCAAAGUCUGCUUGAUGUGUUGCUCAAUGGAUAGUGAGUGGUGUAUUUGUUUGGGCAGGUGAUAUACCGUGACUUCAGAUCUUCUAAUGUACUCUUAAAUGAUAACUUUUGUGUCCAGCUUUAAUCUUGCAAGAGAAGGACCUCAGGGCAACAAUAAUCACGUCACAACUGAAGUAAGUAUUGUAUACUUCCUUACCUUCUUUUGUUUAUUGUGCUGUUAGUUUAGGUGGUGUGCAUUCAAUUAGGUUCUGUUUUGGUUUAAGUGGUUUUAAAUGAUGAAUUGAUAUUUCUUUUUUUUUUUUUGAGAAAGAAUAUUUCUUCCUCUUGAUCCUUAUCUCCGUUCAUUUUAUAGAAAGUUUUAAGGCACGGCUAAAAAGCCCCUGAGUAUGUUCAAAGAUGUUAUUUGCAGUCAAAGAUAGAUAUUUAUAGCCGGUGUGUGCUCUACAAGAUCAUAACUGGACAACAAACUUUUGAGAGGAACAUGCCAGCCACUGAACAAAUAAUUGGGUGAAAUUCUUAACGCUUCAGCAUGAUCGUUAACCCUCUGUUACGCAACAACUAUCCAGCUGCUGGAGCAAUGAGCAAUCCACUUAUAGUGUAAACAUUAAAGAAGAUUAUCAAAGAAAUGAAUAGUAGAGAUUGUUCGAUAGAGUAAGAAGCAAGAAUGUAGCCCCAUAAACAUGUGCAGGGGAGGUUUGAAAGGGUUAAGAGUAUAACUUUCAUGUGUUGCUGUCUUUUAGGUACUAUCAUGACAAUCUCAAAGGAUAGAGUCAAGCCAUCUCCAACACCUGAUAGCUGGAAGCUCAAUGAAAUCUUUGCCACUGGAAUUGUCUUGGGAGGCUACCAAGACGUUAUGAGUGUGAUUUUCUUCUGGGUGAUUCACAAGACUGACUUCUGCUCCGACAAGUUUGGUGUGAGGUCAAUCAGGGACAAUAACAAUGAACUAAUGUCUGCUGUAUACCUACAAGUUAGUAUCAUCAGCCAAGCGCUUAUAUUCGUCACGAGGUCAAGGAGUUGGUCAUUCGUUGAACGUCCUGGGGCGCUUCUGAUGAUUGCAUUCGUUAUUGCACAACUGAUUGCUACUUUGAUUGCAGUGUAUGCAAACUGGAUAUUUGCAAAGGUGAAGGGUAUAGGUUGGGGAUGGGCUGCUGUGAUUUGGGUUUACAGUAUUUUAACAUACAUCCCACAAGACAUUUUAAAGUUUGCCAUUAGAUACAUCUUGAGUGGAAAGGCUUGGGUCAGCAUGUUUGACAAAAGGACCGCUCUGACGACCAUGAGCGAUUACGGUGCUGGAGAAAGACAAGCUGAGUGGGCGAGAGAACAAAGGACACAUCACGGUCUGCAGACAAGACAAGAGGUCAACGUCUUCCCAGAGAACGGGGGUUACAGAGAGCUGUCUCAGAUCGUUGAGCCCAGAAAUGGGCCGAGAUAGCUAGGCUUAGGGAGAUUCACACAUUUAAGGGACAUGUUGAAUCAGUCGCAAAGCUAAAGGGCUUGGACAUUGAUACAUCAGGACAUCAUUAUACUCUGUAGUUGCCAUAACUAUUCCCAAAAAGGCAAAAACUCUCUUUUUUAAUUGUUAGUCAUUGUUCCUAAACUUCUAAAAUAGAGCUUUGCAUUUGCCUUUGAAGAAACAAGGCUUUUGCGUUAAGAGUAUAUAUAUAUAUAUUUUUUAAAUUGUUCAUGCAAUUGAAUUGGUUUUCCAAAAAUUAUCAGUUUAAUAUCAAAUACAAAGCUUGGGUUGCCAAAAUCAUAGAAUAAAGGGUAAGCUUUAUAUAUUAUAACACCUGAAUGUGAAAUUUUAUAUUACAUAUGUAUAUGUUUUCUUAUCCUAUCCACAAGAAAGCACUCAAGCUUAGGCUUUAUAAUUCACACAUGCACUUACAUGUUAUCUCUUCUCACACACAGAGCUUGACUGGUUUCCCUGCUACCACCCGCAAACGCAGCUUUUGCGGUUGGUAACGGUUGAUAGCGUUUCGAAACAACUA